AUGAGGUCUGUCCUGCUUGCUCUCUUCCUCCUUCAUGCCUGCCCCCCUGGAGGAGCCAGCGACCUCCCUGAGGACCUGACGCUGCUGAGGACGGAGCUCGCGCUUCGCCUCUACCGGAUCGUGGCCACGGGCGGCAACCGAACCAACCUGGUCCUCUCCCCCGCCGGCGCGUUCAUCCCUCUGGAGCUCCUGCAGUUCGGAGCCCAGGGGAACACGCAGAGGCAGCUGGUCCAGGCCCUGGGAUACACCGUCCACGACCCAAGGGUCAGAGAGUGGCUUCGAGCUGUUUAUGCCGCACUACCCAGCACCAGUCCUGGCACCAAGCUGGAGCUGACCUGCACCCUCUACGUGCAAACAGGGAUGCCACUCACCCCCUGCUUCGUGGAGCAGGUCUCCCGGUGGGCCAACAGCAGCCUGGAGGCAGCCAACCUCAGGGAGCCCAAUGGCACCACCAUCCUGGCCAACGGAUGGGCCCCCAGGCAGACCACAGGUGAGCGUCCCGGGGGCUCCACCUGGGAGCAAGGCGGCAGCGGCGUGGAGUCCGCACAGCUGGUGCUGGUGAGCACCGUGUCCUUCCAGAGUGCCUGGCGGCACCGAUUCUCCUUCUCGGACACUCAGCUCCUGCCUUUCACCUGUGCCCAGGACGUCGUCCUCCAGGUCCCCAUGAUGUACCAAACGGCCGAGGUCAACUAUGGCCAGUUCCAGGACCCCGCGGGCCAUCGGGUAGGGGUGCUCGAGCUGCCAUACCUGGGAAAUGCGGCCAGUCUCCUUCUGUUGCUGCCGAGAGACAGAGACACCCCACUGAGCCACAUUGAGCCUCACCUCACAGCCAGCAUCCUCCACAUCUGGACCUCCAGCCUGAAGAGAGCCAGGAUGGACGUGUUCCUGCCCAGGUUUAGGAUCCAAAAUCAUUUCAACUUGAAAAACAUUUUAUAUUCCUGGGGAGUUACCGAUCUCUUCGACCCACUCAAAGCUAACUUGAAAGGAAUUUCAGGCCAAGAUGGCGUUUAUGUUUCUGAAGCAAUCCACAAAGCCAAGAUUGAGGUUUCAGAGGAAGGCACCAAGGCAUCUGCAGCUACAGCUCUGUUGUUACUGAAAAGGUCUCGGAUUCCUAUUUUUAAAGCAGAUCGGCCAUUCAUCUUUUUCCUGAGAGAACCCAACACAGCAUUUGUCUUCAGUAUUGGGAGAGUUUCAAAUCCCCUAAACUGA